CAGAGCUAUGUCUCACAGGCUGCAGCAGCAGCACAGGACCUGCUCCCUGCUCAGCACUCUCUCUGGUAUCAGGGCUGCACCUGUCUGGCUGGUAGAACCGGAUCCGCUGCCCAGGGCUGGCUCAGAGCGUUGCUGACAUAUGGACAGGCUGCUGGGGAGGAGAGUGUGAGAGAAGAGCCAGACCUGUCUGCCAGGGGCCCCUCAGAGCCUCCUCUGCUCCAUCAUGUCCAGGGACAGCGUCCAAAUCCCAGAUGACCGGGACUUCCAGAACUUCAGGAGCGAGUGUCACUCGGAAUCCGGCUGGACUCUGACUUAUAACAAGUCUGGGAUCACGGUGUGGGUGCAGAUCCUGGAGGAGGAGAGGGCACUGCACAAGAUCAAGUGCCGGAUGGAAUGUAAAGACGUAUCGGCUGAAGUUCUCUAUGACGUUCUACACGAUGUGGAAUAUCGCAAGAAGUGGGACACAAACGUCAUUGAAACGUUUGACAUUGGAAAGCUGACAGUAAACGCUGACAUUGGAUACUACGCAUGGAAGUGUCCUAAGCCACUGAAGAACCGUGAUGUCAUCACGCUGCGCUCCUGGCUGCCAAUGGGAAGCGAUUACAUAAUCAUGAACUACUCCGUGAAACAUGCGAAAUAUCCCCCCAAGAAGGACCUGGUGAGAGCAGUGUCUAUACAGACGGGGUACCUCAUACAGGGCGGCGGCACAAACGGCUCCACCCUCAUCUACCUGGCACAGGUGGAUCCGCGAGGUUCCUUGCCCAAGUGGGUUGUGAACAAGUCCUCGCAGUUUCUGGCCCCAAAAGCCAUGAAGAAGAUGUACAAGGCCUGCUUGAAGUACCCAGACUGGAAGAAAAAACACAACCCCCAGAACAAGCCCUGGCUUUAUCCAGAGCAGAGCAGCCUGCCCACCAUCCUUCUCUCGGAGGUGUCCGUCCAGCACGCCGACUCGCUGGAAAAUAUCGAUGAGAGCUGCAUGGCAGAGACUAAGGAUGACCGGGGAGAGGCCAGCGAUGACGACAGCGUCAACUGAGAGCCGGCAGCCUCCACCAGAGCCUAACGACCACGGCGGGUGGCCAAGGGUGGUCCUGUCACUAUGGAUGGAGAGUUGGUGGAGAAGAACAGUGGGGGCUAGUGGGUUUUAGAUUGGGAACAGUUAAUUUUUAUACAAACCCCCUCCAAGGGUGUUGGGCAUUUCUAUGUUGGUCCUGUGUCUGUAAAAUCUUCACCGGCAGAGAACAUGUUAAUGAUCAUAAUGUGUAUCCGCUUUGGAACUGGUCACCUCCUCAUCCCGUCAAGGCUGUAGGACAACCGGAGGGGACCCUUUAGGAUUAGCACUAGAAAUGGGUCCAUAAAGUCAUAUUUUAUCUAUAUCUAUUUUCAUAAAUUGAGAAGCGAAAACAUCACAGAAUAAAUGUUACAGUGAUUUCCUAUGUGAUAGUGGCUUCCUGCGGUUACCUCACCCUGUAUAUGUCCUUCAUGUAGACGGGGGCGUGGCAUGUGACUCCAUGAUAGAUCGGCAGCCAAUCACCACAGGGACAUCCCAGAAAUAUUACAAGGGUUCUCUUUUCUGCGCUAUGCAUUUAGUUGUUCCUGGUUUUAAAGCACCAGCCACCCCAAAAAAAUUUGCAACCCCAACGUAUGAGGCCACCAUAAUCUUUAACGGAUGAAAUGAGAGAUAAGGUGAGAGUCUGCGUCAUUUAUGGGGUGUGGGAGGAGCAGGGGAUAUUUCCUGUGCACAACUGCCAUAGUAACACACCGUGCACAGAAUACGCCCUAAAAGUGACCUGCACAGAUACGUUGAUGAUGUCACAGAAGAGGACAACGCGGCAUUUGUGUGGCCAUAGCUUUGCACAUUUGUAAAUGACCCUUAUGAAGCUGAGAACAGGAAGUCACAAUGUCACAAUUUUGGGAACAUGUAGAACGCUGCUGAAAUUGUCUACCUCUCGUGCAUAGAAUGAUAAUCGCACUAGUGAAACGCUGCCAGUAAGAGGGGAAGGGAACAUUUUAUAGGAUAAUUCCAUCUCUACAUAAUGUCUGUAAUAAAGAGAAUAUUUGCCCAUGAAA